GCGAGGGGAAGAGGCUGGGCCCUGGGGAGACCCAGACCCAGGCCCAGAGGUGGACCCUGCAGCUGGAGGCCUCUCUGUCCUCCCCGGGGUUCCUGCUGUCCACGGAGGGCUCUGCUGUGGGCAACUCAUCCUAAGGCUCGGGGCGGCUGGGCUGAACGCCAUCCAGCUCCUGUCCCCUGUCCUUGGGACUUCCCCGGCCCUGCCCUGCUUAGGAAGAGGACUCAUGGCCCGGGAGGCCUCACACCUGCUGUCCUCCAUGCUUCUGGUGCUUCUGGCCUCGGGCUCCUGGGCCCAGGACAUGAAGUUUGAAAUUCUGAAGGAGGAGGGUGAGACACUCUUUGUGAGUUGUUGGUACAGCAAAUACCAAAGCACAAUGGUAAAAGCCUGGUGUCGGACAACGUCAGUGGAUUCUUGUAACAUACUAGUGAGCAGUGACCAGACUGUGGAUCCACGAUGUUCCAUCAGGGUUGAUCCCAGUUAUUACAGGUUCAUGGUCACCAUGACUAGGCUCAGGGAACAAGACUCGGGAACCUAUUAUUGCGGAAUCUAUAAAGAUCGGCAGAUCAACAUUCUCAAAACCGUGCACCUGGUGGUGUCUAAAGCUCCAGCCCCACGCACCACCAGGAGCACUCAGAGGACCAUGAUGGUCACAGCCUCAGCCUCUGCCACCAGCCCUGCUACUGACAGACCUGUGAACCAUUCCUUGUCAAGAGAUAAAGCCGCUAACCUAGGCAUGGUGGGGAUGCCUGUAACCCCAGCGUUCAGGAAGCUGAGGCAGGAGGAUCAACAUAGCCUAGGCUACAUAGUGAGUUCAAGUGCUCCAGGAGACUGGAAGUGGAAGGGGAUCGUGGUGGGCGUGGUGGUGGUGGUGGUGGUGAUCCUGCUGCUAGGCCUCAGCGUUCUCACAGCCCUGUACCUCAGGAAACCUGGAGGAAGAGCCAGGAAAGGUAAGAAGGACUCCCACCACAUCUACGAGGACCUUCCAGCCCAGAAGGAGGCCACUGACUUCAGUCAGCCAGCUGUCUCUGACCAGGUCCUGGGGACCAUCCACUACGCCUCCCUCAUCCACCUAAAUCACUCUGGCACCAAGGACCCCACUGACUCCAACAGCGCCCUCCCGUCCGUGGAAUAUGCAAACAUCGCUGGACACAGGCCCCAGCCCUCCGUGCCCCCCACCCUUGAUGGGGAGCCCCAGAACUGAGGGCAGGCGGGGUUCACCGGGCAGCUGGUGUUUCUUUGGGGCUCACUGUGUGCAAAGCUACUCUGCCUGCAAAGAGGCAGCUUGCGUAGCGGAUGUGGCCAGGCUGGUCAGGGCCCACGUCCUCCAGCAGGGAGGGAGGAAGGAGUAGGUGAAGGAAAACUCUGGGCAUAGCAGAGGGGUGUCUGGCCCUGCUCGGCUCCCCAGGCCUGGGAAGAUCUCCCAGGGCAGAGUCCCCAGGACAAGGGCCCGUUCUCCCCUCUCUCUGUGCCUGUCACUUCCUUCCUGGCCAGGGUAUGGGCACCCGGUGGGUUGUGCAAGUCCCUCUGUCGCUACCUCUGAGGCCUGGACACCCCAGCUCCUCUCUCGCUGGCUUCCUGGCACCAACUCCUCUGCUGUCCUGGAUCCUCACAACCCUGCCGGGAAGAAGGCUGGGCCGUGGGCGCUGUCCACUGUCUGAAUGUCUCCUGGAGCUCCGGCCUUUGCCAGGCAGGGUGGGCAGGGAGCUUCACUGCCAGCGGCCAUGCACACAGCUCCUCUUCGGAGAUUUGUCCACCCUGCCGCCUACACUUCCCUCGCAGAGCACGGGCUCAGGGAAGCCUUCUGCCCAGCCCAAGAAGUCCCGGGAACCAGGGUCCAUUCUUAAUUCCCCACUUCCCAGAAGUGACAGAACGCAACUUGGGGACUCCAGGCCAAGUGGGCAGGAGGGUGGGAAGGAGGGGAAGCUCCUGUCACCUGACUGUGACAUCCUUGCUGCCACCAUCUGUCUUCCAGGGUCCCCAUGUGGGGCUGAGGUUCUCUCCCCAGCCGCGGGCUCCACGGAGACGCAGGCUAUCCCUGCAUGCGAGCCGCCAUUUGGGCUGGGGGAGGUGGGCACGGGGAGGGAGCAGGGUGCUCUGAGUGUUGCCCUGGCUCCUGGGUUUCACGCUGUGCUGCCUGCGGUCCCUUCUUCCUGGAAUCCAGAGCUGAGCGUUAGAGGCCAGCGACUCUGCGCCUGACCGCCCCCGGCCCAGCCUCACUCUGAGGAGGUCCCUAGCGCUGACCUGCAGCCUCGUGCUGCCUCCGGUCCUUCGUGACUCUCCACUGCCUGUGCUCUUGGCCCACGUGCCCACGGGGCUCCUGUCUCAUCCUUCCAGGUGCCCCCAACCUGGGUCUCCUGCAGCACCAGGAGCCAUGCGAGGCUGUCAGAUCCCCAAGGAUUUUCUCUGGUCCUCCUGGAGCUGACUGAUAUGUAUUCACAAACAAGUUUUUAACAUAGCUGGGCACCUGGCCCUGAGCUGAGGCUUCUGAGAUUAAGUCUAG